ACACGUAGGUAUAGGGAGUCAUGGGCACAGUAACUGCUAUAGAGGCUAACAUGAAUCCACAAUUUUUACUGCUUCUCUUAUUCUUCUUCCAUUCAACUUCGGCUUCAAUUAAUUACAAAUUUUUAGCAAUGCUACUAAGACGGCACAUUAAGGAUAUUAAAAAUACUGUAGGCAAUCAAACGGAAUGUUAUAAACAGAUCGAAAUAUUUCAAUCUGAUUUGGCAGAUGCAAAACUAUGGCCUAUAACCAUGCUGGACGCCAAUGGUAAGCUUGAGUCGGGAAUUCUAGGAGGAAAUCUGGCAAUGGUUGGUCAAUACGAUGAAUGUUUGGGCAUUAUCGAGAAUAUCAAUGGCAGUCAAAUUGAAGGUCAGUAUUGCACAGCACUCGUUGAACCUUCGGCGACCACGUAUCAGUGUAUGAUAGCUGAUGAUUUGAUGAGUUUAAACAUGGAUUUGUCGAUGGUGCGCAAAGUUGUGCAAUUUCGGUUGGAUAUUUGUACUCUGGCUGCAUGCUCAGCAACCCAACUGCAAGCUAUGUGGGAUUUUAUUGAAAAUCGGUACCAGGUGAAGCUUCGGUUAGUAUUUGACCAGUCCAGAUGUGCUGUAAAAGGCACGUUCGAUGAAUAUUCCGCCAUUGACAUCGCGGUGCUGGUCAUCCUUUCCAUGCUAGCUCUUGUGGUCUUGAGCAGUACUUUGUAUGAUGUCCUCUUGUUUCGGCAUCUUAAAGACCAAGAAUAUAAUAUUGGGAUGGCGUUUUCUAUUUACACCAAUACAAAGCGACUAAUUUCGACCAGAUCCACAGAUCCAUCCAGUAUCACUUGCAUAUAUGGUCUUCGCGUGAUUUCAAUGGCUUGGAUAGUCCUGGGACACACUUACUUGUCGCAUUGUCACUUAUUCGCUUCGAACAACGUUUAUUUACUAAAGUGGGUCAAGGAAGAUUCAACUAUGUUUGUAAUGGGAGCCCUAUCGGGAGUCGAUACUUUUUUGGUCAUCAGUGGGUUUCUCAUUGUGUACGUAACUGCAAUCGCCAGAGAAAGGGGGACCCCUAUUCAUAUUCUUGUCUUCUAUGGUCACCGCCUUGUAAGACUAACUCCUGCAUUAGCGGGUAUGAUAUUGGUAUAUGUUGGUGUAUUUUCCCACUUAGGUGACGGUCCAUUUUGGACUAUGUUAGAUCCAUUAUUUAAACAGAACUGUCUCAAAAAUUGGUGGGCCACUAUUUUGUAUAUCCAAAACUAUUACGAUGAAACAAAGCAGUGCGUUAUACAAGCUUGGUAUUUAUCUGUCGAUACGCAAUUGUACAUGGUAUCCCCAAUACUUUUGAUGUUUCUGUUCAAAUGGCCGAAAACUGGGUUGCUUUUAAUCUUGACGUUACUGUGCGCUUGCAUUGCCGGAAAUAUCAAAACAGCCCUUCAUUACGAUCUUACUUCGUGGAGGUUGAACGAAGUCUUUGAUUUUUACAACAAAAUCUAUCUACCUACUCACUUACGCGCUUCGCCGUGGCUGAUUGGUGUAGUACUAGGUUACAUUAUGAUCAAAUUCGACAAUAAACCUGUACAUAUAAGAAAGGGAUACGUGAUAGCAAUGUGGUUUGCAACCCUCAUCAUUAUGUUACUCAUCUGCUACGGCUACAUUAUUUUGACCAACCACCGGAUUUCGGUUGUAAUGGUAGCAGUUAUGAAUCCAGUCAUCCGCGUUAGCUGGGCAAUUUGCAUUUGUUGGAUCAUAUUUGCGUGUACAAAGGGAUAUGGCGGUUGCAUUAGUACAUUUUUGUCUUCACCUUUGUUCUGUGUAUUGUCACGCAUUACUUAUGGAAUAUUCAUUACUCAUGUUUUCGUGAUAUGGUUCCUGCUAUAUCGAAGAAGGACCCAUACGUAUGUGGACAAUUUCUAUCAAUUUCAAGAGUUUUGGGGAAAUUACAUGAUUAGUAUCGGAUUAGGUUUCAUAUGGACCUUAGUUUUUGAAUCUCCUGCAUCAAUAUUACAGAGCGUCGCUAAGAAGAAAGCGGACGUAUGGAUACAAAAAUUAUCACCAGGUUUAUUAUUGAAAUAGGAAAUUACAAUUCAGUUUCAUCACUUUUCUUACUACUGGAAGGAAAAGUUUUUAUUUCUAUAAAUAGUGUAUCUUCUUUAAUAAAGUUUUGUUUUAACAAA